CAUUCAAAUCUACAUGAUCUAGAUACACCUUCCUACACAUUUAUUAUCAUGCUCUAUCCUGUCUUGGUAUGUAUAGCAUCUAUUCUAUAGGAAAAGGAUUGCAGCCAUGUAAUUAUCAUAUCUAGUUAUAUAAGUCAUAUGUAUACAAUUCUCUUUAUGCAUAGGAAUACAUAUAUGCAAGGAAUAAACAUAAUGCAGGAUUCUUAGUUAAAAUGACUGUUUUACUAUCCACUAUUACUUGCCAUUAAUCUGUGUAAUCACGAGCAAAAUAUUCCUGCGCUAUCUAUAUUUUAGCUGAGAACCGUCAUUUAAAACCUUGAUUUACGAAAGUAACCAGCAGUAACAUGGAAAUGGAUACUCAAUCUCAAGUAUCAUCAUCGCAAAAGAAAUGCAGACAUGUAGCUUUUAUAAAAUCGCAGUUUCUAGGCAAUGUACUAAAGUUUGUACAAAAUGAAGUAGUGGACGAAAACAAGGACAAAUGCUUCAUACCAAGUUGCCAUGGUACUGACAUGGAAAAACUCAAGGAAUUUUUUAAAAUGGGACAACCACCAAUAAGGACUUAUCACCCUAUCAACUACAUUGGAAUCGGUUUACAUAAUAACAAGGAAGACACCGUUGGUUGGUAUACGGCAUAUGUGCCGUUGAAUCUCCAUAACAUGGCAAAAGGCACCAGUACAUUAAAGCGGGUAUUAAUACGACUUAUUGAUACUGGGAAAUUAUGGUCAGGACGCUACAAUUCAGAUAGAUGUAGUUCUCAUAUUAACAACGAAACAGAUAGUGGAGCAUCCAUGGAACCACCUGAUAAUGUGUUUAGCAUACCGGUAAUAACAAAUGAUGCAACAUAUUUUAAACAACAUAUAUUCGCUAGUCCUUCUUGUAUGUAUGCCACACUACCUGAAAUGGCAUCAGCUUUGGAUUUCGAGGGUUUGAAUGUAGGUCUUCGUAUAGUAAUAGAGGUAUUAGUGAAACCGGCAUCGUACGUUACCGGCCCUGCUAGUGUCAAGAACAUUAAGAAUGGUUUUGACUGCUGCUUCGACAAUCAAAAUAUCGAAUGGUUUGUGAAAAAUCUGGAUCACAUAGUGCCACAUCGAUUGCUAUUCCGCAUUAUGAAAAAAGAGGAUGUUGUGGUUCCUAUGACUAGAGAACCUGUUUUUAAUGAUGUAAAGCAAGUUACAAUCUCGAAAGAAGACGGAGUCAGCCUUAUAACAGUUUUACCAUCUUCAUCGACCAAGUUCCUGGAUGAAAGUGGCUUUCAGUCUCUGAAGGGUGCUGUUGCUGAUAGUGGAACUCAUGAAGAUGCGGUGACGAUUCUGGAGAGUCCAAGUAAUACGCUGGGUAGCCAGAAUCAGUUGAAUUACAUGGUAAUAGGUUUUAAGUACAAAUGGACCGAUAGCAAUAAUAAGAUAAUUUAUUACCUGAAGACUAUCAUUGGAUCCAAAUGGUUGGAAUGGGAUAACGAUAAAAAGCAAUGGAAGAUUAAAGGUACCUAUAUAUAUGAAUGCGUUAAGUAUGCGCUGUACCUUGGACUACGAAUCAAUGAUAAAGUUUUAUUCGCCUUGUGGUCAUGGCUGAGGUCUAUUGAUAUGAGGAAUGUAGGAGAAGUGUUUUCCAAGGUACAGCUAAUUGAGUUCAUGCAAUCUAACAAAAUAUGGCUUUUCCAAAGGGUUGACCUGAAAGUCACUCCCGGUUAUAACCCGAGCAUACAUGGUGAUUUGGGUAAAGGGGCUACACCCGCUUUACAAGCUGCUGCCAGGGAAUCUGCAGAAACUGUACAUAUCAGUCUGGUCCCAUACAAUAGAGAUAUAGUUGCAAAGUUUAAAGAUCGCAACGGAGCAUACGUGUGGAAUAAGGCUGACGGGUGCUGGCAGACGGGAAAUCUUAUUACGGCCUUGGAAGAUUUAAUGGCAGUACUGCCACACCUCAAGGAAUGCUCACAGAGUGAUACAUAUUUAUCAUCCCGUGGGAUAAAUUUGCGUGACAUCAAUAAACUGGCCAAGCGUAAGGACAGUGGAUCUAAACGUAAGGACUCAGCAAAACGUCGGGAGCUAAUGAUAGAUGACAAUGACGUGGAUGAUGAUUUCACAACCGUUACUACAUUAAUGCUUACAGCAGCAGGGAAGGAACCGCACCUGAUGAGAAUACGUGAUAAAAUUAAAACAGUGGUUGAAAAAAUAGCACCGCCAAUGUCAAGUAUAUCCGCAUCAGGAAAGAUUAUGGAAGGUGGUGCUGGCACUGGCGGUAUAGAGUUUGUGGAAGCGCCCAGGGGCAGUGAGGCUUGGAAUAAAAUAUCACUCUGUGUUGUACCAAACGAAUCAGAUGGUGAAUUGCCAGUGGAUGAAUACGACCCACAACUAUUGGCAAGCCUUAUAGCUGAAGUCUUCAUAGUAAAGGAAGCUGCUAUAGACUACCUUCUUGCGAACUUUAAACGUUGGCCUGGUCCUCACGAUACUGUGGGCUACUUGCGUUGGACUACUUUUAUGGCACGACAGGAACCAACGUUUGCCGAACUAUCAUUUGACGCACGUCAACGCCUAGCGCAGUCGAGACUGUUUUGUGACGAAGAUUUUUACAUCUCCGGUUCACCAGAAUCCGCGGAGGCCUCACUGUGCCAUAUGCUUAUUGAGCUUGGAAAUGGAAAGAUAGUCCAAGAAGCCAAAGAUGCUGAAUAUGUUAUCAUCACGGACAAAACGUCACCAGAGGCAUUGGAGCUUAAACAAAAAUUUGCAAAUAACGAUGAGGAUCUAAUAUCAGCUACUCAUGGCGCACGUCACUCAACAUUGGUAACGCCAAAGUAUAUAUACGAUUGCAUUAAAACAUGGCAAUUGCAGCGACCUACAAAAUCGUCAGGUCACAUGGCUUUUUAAUGUAGUAUUUUCAAAGUUAUAUUUA